AUGCGUCUUGCAACCACCCUUCUCUCUCUCAUUGCCCUUGCGGGCUUCGCUUGCUCGGCGCCAACUCUAGAAAAUGACGCGCUCGUCACUAAAGCACGCUCCGAUGCGACGACUGCGCAAGCCAACACGAACGAUGGUGCUCCAGCCGCUCGCGACGUUGCUAACAUAGCCGUCCGCGAGACAGCCGUAGAGAAGGCCGGCUUGUACUGGUUGGAAUUCGGGCCCCCCGCCUUCAUGCCCAAGGAUAGCCGCUGUCAUCUCUUCAACACUCUAGGACAGGUCCAGCGUUGGAAGGUACACAAAGGAUCCACGUGCUUGUGGUACCGCCACGACGGUUGCACGAUCAAGACGGGCGGGAUACGCAUAGUGGGACCCCACGACGGCGAUACGAAAGGCAACUAUUUCCGCGCAUAUAUGUGCCGGCCCUCCUGGAUUGGCGAAGACGGCGACCUCGCAGCUCUCAGCGCUGAAGCGUCCCUCCCAGCCGUUGCAGACACAGAGACCGCUCCCGCCAAGCUUGUGCUCGAGCCUAAGCCCGAGAUCGAGGACUCCACACCCGCACAACUCGAGGCCCGUGCCGCCUCCGCAACGCGAUGCGGCACAGCCUACCGCAACGGCCCCGGCGAGGGCCUGUUCAAAAACAACCACUGCAACGUGUUCUCCAGCAGCGGCGCUAUUACGCACAUCAAGUAUGCCGGCGGCUGCACCUGCUGGUUUGCUCGCGAUCGCAUCUGCAAGUCGAAGUGGUUCUUGGACGGCAUGGGUGGCCCCGGCCCCAAGGACUUCGACGUGCCGGCGAACCUGGCGAAUACAUUUCUGAGCUACAAGUGUUCUUAG